CUAUGUAUGAUCAUCACCUGUCGUCAUGACAACAGACACACGCAAUGCAGGUCGACACGUUGAUGAGGGCGAUGGAUGGCCAUCUGAGUGGCUGUCCCAUUGUAUUCCCCUGCAAUGCGUACCUUCGCUGCCCACUGGGCUGCCGUCGUCCAUAUCGCCAUCGCCAUUGUCACUGCUGCCGUCUACAUCACUCAGACAGAGACACACAGACAAGACACCCCAUACACGUGUUCCCUCCCCUCUGGUCAGUCAGAGCGUACCAUUGUCACCAUCGUCACUGUCGUCAUCGUCGCUGUCAUCGUCGCUGUCGUCUAUCCAGUCAAAGACGAUGGGCGCCACCGCAUCGCCCAGCGCCUCCCGCGCCAGCGCGGCGGUCGCGGGGGAGGCGUACUUGAACACACACCGUGGCCCCCAUGGGCACACACAGUGCUGCUGAGACGUGCAGGGGAAGGGGCGGCCGCUGAUAUCCACGCGUGGCUCGGUGGUGAAGAUGUCCAUUCCAAACACUGCAGAGAGGAGAAUAAGACAGAGAAAGCACAUUUGCCUGUCCAUCUCUUCGGCUUUAUCCUAUGUCAUCGCGGCUGACUUGGUUCGUCCCGAAUGCCGUCCGAAGGUUGCAGUAGCACGAGCAU